AUUAGGGUUCUUCACUGAGACGGCUUCGAUAUAUACCAUAUGCACUGUUUUGUUUAGUAUGCAAGUACACAUGGUGGAAAAUUUUGCUGAUGAAUUGUUUCAUGUUCUAGGAAGCUUUUUCCCGAAAACAGUUCAAUUCGAUUCUGUUGUACAUCAUCCUAGGACACAUAUCGAUUGGUUAAAGUUAUCAAAUGUCUCCAAAGCGCAAAGAAUGCCAUUAUACGGACAAGGAAGAAUUUAAACUACCUCCUAGCAGAACAAUAGUUUCAUCUGGAAGCUAUAUCGAUGUAUCAACUUUGAAUGGCUCGUGCUCGAGUUCAGGGUCUAUGGAUGUUGGGUAUGUCUACAAGAGGAUGAGGUUCCAAAGAAACUCACUUGCUCUUCUCCCAGAACCUAAUCAUAUAAAAGAUACAAAACAAGGUUUCGGUUCAAAGUCCUCCAUUAAUUCCGAGGAUAAACUGUUGGAAGUUCCGAAAGCUGAUACUAAAACAUCUCCGGCUGUUGUUCGAAGCACAAGAAACGCUGAGUCUGUUCAUGAUUCUGGCUUGCACCACUUGAGUUCUAUUGAAGAAUUUGACAUACAUGAUCAAGCAUCCAAUCUAGAUCAUUGUCAUAGUUUAGACGAUAGAUGUUCAUCCUCAAAAUCCAAUGUGGAACUCACAUCUACUUUCUCCAAGAUAGAAACAAUUAAUACCUAUGAGUGUUCAACUUCUGAUAUUCUGGAACCACGAGAAUUUAAAUCGACGAGGGAGCUUUGUAUCUAUGUGCUAAAAAAACACAGGCUUCUGGGAAAUUCUCGUACUAGAAUCAGCCAUUAUGAUAUAGGAAUCAUGUCGAAUGAUAACAGUGAGCUUUCUCAGAAAUGCAAAAUAUGUGGGCUAUUCGAAAACCCACUGAAGAUGCUUAUUUGCGAUGAGUGCAAUAAAGCGCAUCAUCAGUCUUGUUGUGUUCCGAGAUUGAAACAACUUCCAGUCAAUGAAUGGUAUUGCCUUCCUUGUUUCAAGAAGAAGCCAAAACAUCUGAUGAAUAAGUCAUCAAAGGCUGUAGGCAAAAGCUCAAAUCACACAAAUAGAAAGAAUUCUAUAUUGUUCAUGUUGAAGGACCAUAAACCAUAUACCACCGGAGUUCGAAUUGGUAAAGAUUUUCAAGUUGAAGUCACAGACUGGUCUGGACAUGCUUCCGACGAAGAUGAUUAUUUCAAUGAGCCUUAUAAAAUGGAUACAGAUGAAUCCGUAAAUUCGAAUGUUUGGAAUGGAAGAGAGAUUCAAUAUCAUUGCAAUAUUGGUAAUUGGGUGCAAUGCAAGGAGGUUAUAUACUCAAAUAGAUGUGACAAGGGCACUAUAUGUGGAAAGUGGCGCAGGGCUCCUCUUUUCACAAUUCAGAGUGAAGAUUGGGACUGCUCUUGUGCUAUUCAAUGGGAUCCAAUUCAUGCAGAUUGUGUUGUGCCUCAGGAACUUGCAACCGAAGAGGUUCUCAAUCAACUAAAAUUUAUAAAACGGUUGAAGGCUCGACUGAGUUCUAAAUCCUAAAGGACUCCAAUCCAACUUGUACGGUAACAAAAUGCUCUCUUGUAGCGCGACUAAAUUACAAUAGUUCGGAGUACUUUUAUGCCCCGAUCUCUUACACCACAUACUCAAUUGUUGUUACACCCAGACACUCCUGUAUUUAUGUAUCUCACAAAAAUUCAAAUAUAGGUUAACUGUGACAUUGUUCAAUGAGAUUGUUCUACUUCUUCGGUCUAAUUUUUUUCAAUAUAUCAUCGUGAUGUAUACAAGUAGGGAAUCACUGUUUGAAACAUAGAAAUCUUGCUCCCAAAAGAACAAGAUGUAUCGGGUUACCAAUCGACUGAAAAUGAAGUUUCAGCAAUAGUUUUUCCCCUUGA